AUGGCGAUUCCUAAAGGCGCUCAAAAGGCGGGUAAAGUGCAGCCGGCCAAGGCAAUUAAAGAAGGACAGGUUAAAAAAAAUAAGCAACCUAAAUUCAAGCAAACUCCUAAGGGAAAAGUUCAACUUGUUCAUGAUAAGAAAAACGGUAAUGCUAAUGCUCAAAAAGCAAUUAAUAAUUCACCAAAAAAAAAUUCAUCAAAUAACAAACAACCUGACAACAAGAACUCGUCCAAUAACUCCAAAAAACAAGCUCAGAAAAAAAAGAAUGAAGCAUUGAAAAAAAACAAAGAAGACGAGGAAGAAGAUUCCGACGAAGACAUCAAUGAAGGAGUUGCUAUUCCUGAAGAUCUUAGUGGAAUGGAAGACGAUGACGAUGACGAUGAUGAUGAUGAUGACGAGUCAUCUGACGAUGAAAAGGUCAACCUUUUGGGAGAAAGUUUAGCCGAUGACACUGAUGACGAUGAUGAUGAUUUCGAAGCAGAUAGUGAUGAGGAAGCAUCAUCUAAAGUCAAGAAAGGAGUGAAAAUGUUCAAAGGAUUGAAGCCUGUUAAGAAAAACGAGUCAGCUGAAGAAGAGGAUGAUGAUGACGAUGACGAAGAUGAUGAUGAUGAUGAUGAUGAUGAUGAUGAAAUGGAUCAAAGUAUAGCGUCCACUAACACUUCAAUAAACACAGAUGAAGAUGACGACGACGACGAUGAUGAUGAUGACGAUGACGAUGACGACGACGAUGAUGAUGAGAGUGACACCGAUGGUCCGGGAUUGAAAGCUCUUCUUGGCAACAGUUUGGUUGACGAAGAUGAUGACGAAGAUUUCGAAGGCGACGAAAACGACGAUGAUGAUGAUGAAGAGAUCGAAAGCGAUGAUGAAGAUGAACCACUGAAUGCCAGUGCAGUGAGCAAUAACUCAACCAUUUCUACAGCGUCAAGCGAGGAAAAAGUUCUGAGUCCCGAAGAAAAAGCUGAGGUAGACAAACGAUCCAUCUACGUCGGUAAUGUCCCAAAGGACAUCAAGGAGUCACGUAUCAAGUCUGAAUUUAAUAAAUUUGGUCCCAUCGAGAGUCUUCGGAUAAGAGGUGUUAUUCCAGAAUCUCCAAAAAUAUCCUACAAAACUGCGGCUAUUAAAAGGAAGAUGCAUGAUAAGUGUAAAUCUAUCUGCGUAUUUAUUGUAUUUAAAGCUGAGGAGUCUGCUGUCAAAGCUUUGGCAAUGAAUGGUCAACAACUUGAAGGAUUUUACCUUAGAGUUGAUCGUGUUAACCAAGAGAAAAAACGAGACCCGAAAAAAUCAGUAUUUUUGGGAAAUUUGCCUUUUGAUACUGAAGACAAUGAGCUAUGGGAUAUGUUCCUCAAGUGUGGUAAAAUAGAAGAUGUUAGAACAGUAAGGGAUCGUGCGAGUGGUGGUUGCAGAGGAAUCGCUUACAUCAACUUCAAAACUGAAGACGGAGCAACCUUAGCUUUGAAUCUUGAUGAUACAGAAUUCCGUAAGCGUAAAAUCCGUGUAAAGCGUUAUCAACCACAACAACCAGGUUCAAAACAGGGCAAACCCAAAUUUGGAAACAAGAGACCCCACAACAACAAACAUCAAGGAGGCUCUCCCAAAAAAAACAAGAAAAAUGAUGACGUUGAAAAUGAAACUGUAAAAUUCCAAGGAAAGAAAAAAGAAAGGAAACCGCGAGACUCGAGUGAAGCAGCUAAAAAAUCACCAGCUCAAAGCGACGACUCAUUCCAAGGCCAGACAGCCGAUGCAAAGAAAAAGGGAAAGAAGGCUAACAAAUUCGAAAAGAAGAAGAAGAAUAUGGCUGGAAAAUUGAUGUCCAAGCCUAAAAAACCUAUAUCUUAA